GAAAGAAAGGAAGAGAAAAGGAAGAGAAAGAAAGAUAGAAAGAAAGAGAAAAUGAGAAGAAAGAAAGAAAGAGAAAGAGAAAGAAAGAAAGAAAGAGAAAGAAAGAAAGAAAGAGAAAGAAAGAGAAAGAAAGAGAAAGAAAGAGAAAGAAGGAAAGAAAGACUGCCGCCGCCACCGAGGCAGAGAGGGCCGCAGACAGCGGCGAGGGAGAGAAGCGCGGUGUACACGGCGCACGAAGCAGAAGAUGACGCCAAUGACGCCGCCAGCGCAGUCAGUUGGGCCAGCGUUGACGAAACGGCCGCCGAGGAGAGCUGCCACGAGGACGGCCAAGGCGUCGGGAAGGAAGACCGCCCCGAGGCGCGCAAAGGGUCACAGGGAGAGCGAAAGCCGAGCCUUAAGGGGAGGACCGGGCCGGCAGCCAGUACCGCUGCGCACAGCCCUUGGUGGAACAAGACAGCAGACGACGACGUGCCGCGCGGCCGGGAGGCCCCGCAGCCCGCAAGCGACCAGCCCGUCAGCGGCUCAGUCGAGCAAGAGAAGUCCAGAAAAGCGCCAGGAGAAGGAGACGCGCCCAAACCCACCGAACCGUCCAUUUCCAGUCGGGAGCAACCGCGGCCCGAGCCGGCGCCGCGCAGCAGCAUAGCCGGGAGGGAGCUCAACAUGGCGUCCAACAUGGCGAAGCAGGAGGGAAGACAAGCCGAGGAGAGAAGACGGCGGCGGCUGUGUUGGAGGCCCAGAAACCUGCAUGAACACCGUCGUCAGACGAGCUUGAUCCCGCAACCGUUGUCGAUGCCGGCAGGCGUCGGCCGAGGGCGGAACAGCCGGAGCCGAGACUCUGAUGCCGCCCACGGUGGAACUCUCUUCCAGUCGCUCAGGCCCUCGGGCCCGGGCGCGCACAAGGCUGACGGGGGGCGCCCUCAACGCAGCGUCAAAAAGGUGCGACGUGACGCCGCGGGGCGCCUGCGAAGCCGCACGUCGGGCAGUGAGCACGAGGAGGCGACGUCAAAACAGCGUCCAAGCCAGCGGCCGGCGGCCGACGACAUGGACACAGACAGCGACUUCUUCUGA